UCCUGCCGCCGUCCAAUGGCCGAGGGGCAGGGCAAGCUGAGCAAGCCGCGGCAGCCCAGCCGGGUCUCCGCCCUGUUCCCGGUUCCCGAACCGGGCCCCGGCGGCCUUUAAAUGCCGCCCUAGGCCGACACGGCGCGGCCUUCGCCACCUUUUUCCUCGGGCGGCGGCAGCGGCACCCCGACGAAGAAAGCAGCUUAGACUCUGCAGCUCCGUCCCGGCCGCGGCGGCUACCUCCGACCUCCGGGCCCGCGCCGCCUCCUUCGCCUCCCCCUACUCCUCCCCUUCCCCCUCCCCCGGGUCCCGCUGGCCCGGUCGGCGCCGGGCCCCUGGGCGUGCGCGCGCGCGUACCCGCGCGUGUGUGCGCGCCCCAGCCAGCCUCGGACCCGCGCCUCCGCCCGGCGCAGGACCGCCCCGGGAUCCCAGCCCGCGCUUCGCGUCCCACGUCCCCCGCCGCCCGGCCGCCAGCCGCGCGCCCCGCCGCGCCGCGCGAGAAGAUGGCGGGGUCGGUGGCCGACAGCGAUGCAGUGGUGAAACUAGAUGAUGGGCAUUUAAACAACUCCUUGGGCUCUCCAGUUCAAGCCGACGUGUACUUCCCACGACUGAUCGUGCCAUUUUGUGGGCACAUUAAAGGUGGCAUGAGACCAGGCAAGAAGGUGUUAGUAAUGGGCAUUGUAGACCUCAACCCAGAAAGCUUUGCAAUCAGCUUGACCUGUGGUGAUUCAGAAGAUCCUCCUGCCGACGUGGCAAUUGAACUCAAAGCAGUGUUCACAGACCGACAGCUACUCAGAAAUUCUUGUAUAUCUGGGGAAAGGGGUGAAGAACAGUCAGCGAUCCCUUACUUCCCAUUCAUCCCAGACCAGCCAUUCAGGGUGGAAAUCCUUUGUGAGCACCCACGUUUUAGAGUGUUUGUGGAUGGACACCAACUUUUUGAUUUUUACCACCGCAUUCAAACGUUAUCUGCAAUCGACACCAUAAAGAUCAACGGAGACCUCCAGAUCACUAAGCUUGGCUGAUGUUUAAACCAUGUCUGUUUCAAAGAGCAUCAGGUGCCACAACUGCCUGACUGUUGAUCUGGAAGAAGUGUCCUGGCAAGGUCUAAAGACUUAAAAAGAAAACAAAAAGGCAGACUUCACUGUCUCUUCUUUCUGUGCAGUUUAAACCCAAAAUGACUUCAACGGUGGUUUGCCCUUAGGAAGCUAUCGGAACUAAGACACCGAGCCAUUAUUCCCAGAACAAAGUAAUACAUUUAUGCUGGAUUUUAUUCAGACUAAACUGAGAUGGAUUUGUGACUAUUUGUGAUUUGGUAAUAAGUUAUUCAUCUUUUCACAGCAAGGUGAUAUUUAGAACAAAAGUGCUAAAGACUUAAAACAACAACAACAAAGACGGUACACAGAAAUCAACUCAUUUCUGCACUGAAGUGGAAUUGUGUAGCACAACCAACAUUUUAGUCAGGGUAUUUAACAUAGAAUGUAGGUUGUUCGAGGGUUUUUUUGUGUUUUUUUUUUUCUUUUUGCACAGCAUAAUGUUAACUCAGAUUUUUUUAAGCUUUCUUGUAGUUAUUUAUUUCUACUCAGUGUAUAUGUUAGAGAUGAUUAAUGUCUCAAGAACAGCUUGUUAUGAACUUUUGAAUGUACAAUUAUCUUAGGUCUGAGUGGGGAAAUUACCUAUUACAGUCAUGAGAAAGGUGAGUUUCUACCUUAAAGAGUUGAGUCUUAUCCUCCUACCCCUAAACUUAGGAUCUCUUGAUAUAAAUUGCUGUAAGUGCUUUUGGGAAAACUUUGCAACAGUUCAGCAAGACUGCUUUUCAAGUUAUUGAUUAUUUAAAACUCUACUUACAUUGCUUUUUCUCCAUACUGUGAAAUUAGCACAGUAUUACCUUCCUUAAGACUAAUUAACUACUUUUCACUGGAUCUACAUAAUAGCUCAUCAAGUUGUUAUUAAGCUAGUCGAAAACACAUUAAGAGGUGAUUGCAUCGAUAGUUUUAAAAAUGGACUAUUAUAUACAUUUUUAAAGGUAUAGUGUGAAAAUGAUUUGGGAAUGCAAUGGAAAGCAGAAGCAAAUGGCCCCAAAUAACUUACUUGGAAAUAAUUUAUAUCAACUUAAGCUGUUAGCUCAUUGUAUCACUUUUAUUAUGUGACCCUCACCAAUCCCUAAGCAAUGCCUUUGGAGCUUCAGAGUAGAAGAUGCUUCCCUACUGUGUGGGCUCUGCUAAGAUAGUAUGAUAAAAAAAGAUCCAACCUAGGAAAUGAUCCAGUUAGUUUAUCUGAAAAGUUAACUCCCAGGACUGUAGGUCUUUGAGUCCAGCCAAUAGUGUGAACACUUCAGUGAAGCUCUGGGAGUUUCCCUGUUCUUGUGGAACUGAUGAGACAGCAGGGAGUCUCCAGGAAAAGCCUGCAGUGAUGCACACGUCACUGCAAGGCAAGGGAUGGUUGGAGUCCUGGGUGCUGGAUUCCAUAAACUGCAUCGGCCUUGGAGAGAAGGACCCUUGGCAUUGCUCUGGUCAGCUAGUUUAGGGGGGUAAGGGGGUGCUGGGGUGGGGGUGUAUUUAUAUAUAAUUUAGGUUUUAUUUGUACAGCGUCUUGUUAUGACACGUCCUUGUCCUGCUUUGCUUUUGAGUUUUUUUACACAACAUGCAGAGGCACUGAAGUGGCCACAUCAUUUUCACGUGUCAAGAAUGUAGACAGUGUUUCAGUACCAAAGUUUAAGAAAAAGCAAAAUAAAAUUGUGAAUUUUUUUUAUAGGUGAUAUAUUUAGAUUCUCCUCAGCUUUGAAACUGUUUAGCACAGUUCCAUUGUGUUAUGUAAGAAGAUGCUUUACCCAACAAGACUGGCUGAGCAUUGAAAAGCUUUAUGUCCCAGCUGACUUAACCAGCCAUAUUCAGCCAGGAGGGCUGUGCUCCGGCUCCGGGUAUCUUGAAGCCCGUGACUAACCUUGUGCAGCCACUAGAUUUUGUCAGGUGUUUGUAGAGAGACCUAGAGGGCACCCUGAAAUAUAUUGGUACGGGUUUUGUUCUCGUUGUGGUAGAAGACCCCCCCCACACACACAACAGGAGUUUUUUCUUUGAGUGGGCAUCCAUUCCCGCUCACUGCAUAAUUCAGCAGAAACUAGAGGAGUUGGGCGUGUAACUGUUGGAACUGACCCUGUUCUCUCUACCUAUCAGCUAACUGGUUAGCAGCCAAGCCCUUAGGCAGCUUAGUGUAAAGAUACACUGUUAACCCUUCAUUGUUCUGUGGGGUCAGUGAGAACCUCUUGGUUAAGCUUAUUGAAAUUUAUCUGAAUGAUGUGAUGGUUUGAUUCAGGUAUAAUUAAGUUAGCAGGGGGCUAGUCCAGCUGUAUUAAUCAUUAGCUGUAAACUGGAAACUGUUCAUAUCUUCUCAUCAGCAUGUGAGGUCUAAGGUGGGAAUUCAGGAUGAAAAGUGCAAUUUUAAGCUUCACAGGAAAGCAUUUGGGUGUGUAAGGUGUUAUUUCUGACCAGAGCCCUAAUUCUGCAAUAUGACCAAAACCAAGGAACAUAAAUAACAAUCAGGCUCUGGGGGAAUAAUAGGCAGGCUUUAGACAAUCUGUUCAUUUCUGCAUCAAAAUUGGAGUGAAUGUAUGUAUCUAUUUAAAAGUUAAUAGAAGUGACUUCUACUUUCUGGGCUAUCCCAGAAUUGUCUUAAUUUUUUAAAAAAUUUGAAACCCCAUUUCAAAUCAUGCCAACCUUAGUUCAAAACCUCCAAAGGGAUCAUUCUUAGAAUUGUUGAUGAUUUGUUAAAAUGGCAAAUCCUUUCAUUUGUAUUAAAAAGAAAAUAUCCAAAAAGAGGGAGGGAGCCCUUUUGCCUUGAGAGAAACACCCUUGGCAUUUUCCAGCUACAUUAUUAAUGUAGAAAUAAUGUUCCUAUGAUGACAUAUUUUCAAAGAAACACUUUCUUAUUUACUGCGUGGUGUAAAAUGUUGCUAAAUGUGUUUUAGCGUUAUGAUGUCACUGCUGAAAGUUAUUUGCACUAUAAUAAAGGAAUUUUCUACAAAA